AUACGAUAUUGCUUUUUUGCUUUCUUUGCCAUCACCAUGGCUCGUCCCCAAUUUGGCUUUGGUGGAUAUGGAGGAUUCGGGGGACAGCAGCAGCAAGAAGAGCAAUACGGUGGAGGCUUUUCCGGCUUUGGAGGAGAGUUUGGACAGCAGCAACAGCAACAAGACGGCUUCGGAGGCUUUGGAGGUCAAGAGCAACAACAGCAAAAAGCCGGUUUCGGAGGCUUUGGAGGGGGCUUCGGUCAGGAGCAACAGCAACAGGGCUUUGGUGGAUACUUUUGAUAAUUUCCAUGUCAUUAAUUUGUACCAUAUAGUCAUGUGGGAGUAUAGUAUCUUGAUUAACAAAUAAAAAAUUUUAAAUGAAAACAUAUCAAUCU